AUGUCGCAGCCAUUUCGCAUCUUUGGGCUAAUGAUGAUGGUCUACCCAGAAUCUCAAGGCUUGCAAGGUGAUGAUGGCAAUGAUGGUGGUGAUGAUGACAAUGAUGGUGGUGAAGAAUCAGAGAACUCCUGCCAUUCUGAUGUUCCUUCACCCUUGUGCAAGAGCAGUGACAGCACAGAUGAAAAUAAGACAGAGGGUCUGGGAGAACCCACAUUUUUCCUAACUCCUGGGGACUCUUACAUGGUGAAAGAUAAACAGGUGGGGUUGGCCAAGCAUGGGCUGGAGCUUGAGAAGGAAGAUCAGGAGCUUCAGGAACCAUUUUACAAAGACGUGGGAAUGUCUGGCAGCUUGGAUGGAGAUGAGCAGCCCAGCCCGACCUACCACCUUCCUGGGCAUCAGAGGUUGCCUGUCCUUCAAAAGGCUGGUACAGCACCAAGUGGCUUCCACGACUCUUUCCAGCACAGCUCAGGCCAGCACUUGGUGACAGAGGCCGCUGCCACACAGGCCCAUGCCAGUGGCCAUUUUGUGGGACACCCAGAGAGCACCACGGGAGUGGAGCCCCACAUGCUGCACGGGGAGGACGGCGAGGACGGCGAGGACGGCGAGGACAGCGAGGACAGCGAGGACAGAGAGUCCCUGUCCCUGCAGCCAACCUAUGACUCGCUGUGGCAGGAGAACAGCACGCUCAGGUCGGAGAACGAAAUGUUCAGGAACGCGAACAUCGUGCUCGCAGCAGAGAACUUCACACUCAGGCAGGCGUUCAGGGAGCUCAGGAAGGACAGGGCUGUGUUCAUGGCUGAGAACGUCGUGCUCAGGGAGGAAUACGACAUGCUCAGGGAACAGUAUGACAGGCUCGGAGGUGAGAAUGAUGCACUCAGGAAGGACAAUGCCAUGGUCAGGAGAAUGUUCCAGACCUUCCAGAACAACUUGAAGAGACAGGUGUGCAUGGUGGCGAGCCUGCAGGAUCAGCUGAAGGCCAGCCAGGCUGAGCGGGAGAGGGAAGUCCAAGAGCUCCAGUCCUUAGUCCAGGAGACUGAGUGUCAUCUUCAGAUAAUGACCCAGCGGGCUCUGAAUGCCGAAACAAACGCGGAGAGGCUGAAGCAGAAGAUCUUUACUCUCCAAGGACAGCUGGAGAGAUGCAAGCUGGGGAGUGAAAACCUGAGACAGACUGGCCCAGAAGCAGUGAAACAGAACUUAGACUUCACCAGGCAAAACCCCCACGAGCUCAUAAUGGGCAAAGAUGCCUCCCUCAGGUAG